AUGCACACCUUCUACCAAGGCGCCAUCGAGAGCAUCCUCAGCAGCUGCAUCACCUUGUGGUUCGGAAGCUGCACAGCAUCGGACCGCAAGACCCUGCAGCGCAUCGUGAACCCUACUGAGAGGAUCAUUGGGAAAUAUGAUGGGAAGAGUAUCCUGUUGGUUAUGGAUUCUUCGGGGCUCCCCCUUGGUUUUGAUGUGUUAGACAAAGCGUCGUCCUCCUGCUCCUUCAGUACAGACCUCGCUGAAGGAGACAGUGUAGAAGACACUAGGACUUUCUACAACAUUUUAACCCUGCUGCAGAGGUGCAUGGACGCCCCAAUGGGGGGUGGGCUGCCACGACAACCCUGGAGACUGAAGGUCAACGACAAGACCCUGCACAGGCUGCUGCGCAAUCAAAUGCUCAAAAAGGGAAACAAUAUGUUGGACGAGGAGAUGUGUCCCCGGGCCGUCAGACUCUGUGAGUCUCCAGAUCAGAAGGGCCUUUCAGCAUUCAGCCUGCGCUGGCCUCCGAUAUACUACUGUCAUAACUGUAAGACACGCUCCUUCCCCAGCCGGCUGAAGGAAUGCUCCUGGUGUAAGGCAGUGUUUUACUGUGGAGGGUGUUUCCUCGCAGAUAACAAACACUGGUGUGCCAAACUGUUUCAUUACAUGAAGCACGGAGCCAAGCUGGAAGAGCUUCCGUUCAGCUACACAGCAGAAGUCACAUCUGAGGACUUCAGUUUGGAGGACUUCCUGUUCACAAACAAACUGGUGACCAGCUACUGGCUGCACUGGAGCCAGCUGGUGCACUCGGUCACAGCAGACUCAUACUGCGACUGGCUGGAAGGUCACAGCCAUGCCUACGAGCCUCUCAAACAGGAAGCAGAAAUACUGAUGUGUGGACCAGAUCCCAAACACCCCCCCAGCCUCAGUGAACCCCUUGUGUCGUGGCGCCAGUACUAUGGAUGGAGGGGUCUCAGUCUGAGCUCUGUCGUGGCCCCUCUGCUCAGCUCCACUCUCUCCAUCUAUUACAUCAUCACCUCCCUGCUACCCAAGCACCUUCCAGAGAUGCACAUCCUGAAGAAACAGUCCCUGAGAAUCCACAUCAUCGAGUCCUACAGGGAGUCCCAAACUCUGGUCACCUUCUGGGAACUAUCAGUGCUUCUGCCACAUGUGACCUUUGACCUGGUGUUCAUCCGUGAGCGUCUCCCCUGCUGGUGUGACAAAGUGCAGCUUGUGAUACAGAAAGUGAAUGGCAGGGUGGUGCUCACUGACUGCAGCCUGAUGCCCCCUGAGGGAGCUGCCAGGAGGAGCGUCAGAGUGAGACUGCACCGCAGCAGCUACAGCACACUGCAGGAGCCUCAGCCCGACCUGGUCAUCGGUUUCAAGCCGGCCUUCCCGCAAAAUGACUCUUGGUUCAGCACUCUCCCAAAACUCCAGUCUCUGAGGGUCCCAGCCUUCUUCUGUGAGAUGAGCGAGCUGAGGUGUGAGCGCAGUCAGCAGGUGAUGAGAGAGGCCACCGGGGGGGCUGUGUCCAAACCCACCAUCAACCCUUUCCACUGCCCGCUGCGCAAAAAUGGAGGAGAUAACCGGCUGCCGCGAUAUUCCAAUGGAUUUAUCUUCCACCUCUUGUACAAGCCUUCAGCCAAUAAGCCGCAGCCUGUGAUGCAGACACUCAGUGAUCUUCGCUCAGCCUCCCUGUCCCCGCAGCGGACCUUCAGAGAGAGGAAGGCUGAGCAGCACUGGGACUAA